AUGUGGGCUCUAAAAUGUAGGCUCUCGAUUCUACGAGAAAACUUAGCGGUCAAAACGCUCAAAUUGCGGCUUUGGCAGCGUUCCUAUGGCCAGCAAAGAUCCCAGGCCAAAGAUGCAGAGAAGCUGCGAUUGGUGAAGGAAAGUCUCCAGUUGGACGCAUACGGCGUUGGUUGUGGUAAUUUAAAGGAGUUUGGAAAGUGUCUCUACCCGGUAAAGCACAGUAUGGUGAACUUUCCGGACGGACAAAAAUCCCAGGUUGGAAAUUUGCAGGCUCUGGGCGGGUCCCUCCUGCGACUGAUCAUACUGCGCAGUUUUUUAGAUGUGUUCAAGAAGAGUUCGCAGGACGUCGCUGGGCUGGAUUUUAACUACGAGGCCAAAAUGAAUCAUAUGAGCUCAUCCCGACGCUUGCCCGAUGUUCUGCUUCGACGGUUCUUAAGGCGCAGAUUCAACAAACUGGCGCGUCUCCCGAUGCCAGAAAGCGUGGUACCUAUCAGGACUCAGCGAGUUUUGACCAGAGAUGUUUUUACGCCAUGA